GCGCCGUGCGGCCCCCGCAGUCAUGUCGGCGGCGAUGGCGGGAGACGCGGCCGCCGAGCGGAAGCUGCAGCAACAACAGCAGCAGCACCGGCCCUUCCUCAUCGCCGUCAGCGGCGGCACCGCCAGCGGGAAGUCAUCUGUGUGUCAGAAAAUUGUUGAGCUGCUGGGACAGAAUAAAGUGGACCAAGACCAGAGGCAGGUGGUGAUCCUGAGCCAGGACAGCUUCUAUAAGGUGCUGACCACAGAGCAGAGGGUCAAGGCCAGCAAGGGACAGUAUAACUUCGAUCAUCCAGAUGCAUUUGACAACGAGCUGAUUCUCCGCACCCUCAAGGAUAUCAUCAACGGGAGGACGGUGCUGAUUCCAGUCUAUGACUUUGUUAUUCAUUCACGGAAGCCAGAGAUGUUGCCGGUUUAUCCCGCAGAUGUGGUUCUUUUCGAGGGCAUUCUGGUUUUCUAUUCGCAGGAGAUCAGGGAUAUGUUCCACAUGAAGCUCUUCGUUGAUACAGAUGCCGACACACGACUCUCUCGUAGAGUUUUGCGGGACAUCAACGAGCGGGGCCGUGACUUGGAGCAGAUCCUGACGCAGUACACGACGUUCGUCAAGCCUGCCUUCGAGGAAUUCUGCCUUCCGACCAAGAAAUAUGCUGAUGUUAUUAUCCCCCGGGGAGUGGAAAAUCUAGUUGCCAUCAACCUGAUUGUGCAGCAUAUUCAGGAUAUCCUGGCAGGUGGCCUGACCAAACGCAAUGGCUUUGUGAACGGACACUCCAUACUGCGCACCCGUCACAGCUCCGAGUCCAGCACCCGGCCACACUGACCCCGGACCACGGCCUGGGAGCACCAUCACCAUCCACCUUCUUCACCGUCGAGAGUUGCGCCGUGAGGAUAGCUGUGCUCCCCCCCAAACCCCCCCCCCCCUCUUUCCUCAUUACAAGGUCUCAUUUCACUGUGUCCACGGGCUUCCCUGUGUUAGCAGUAGGGAGCGAGUGCACAGGAGUGGUUCAAUGCAUCUGGAAUUAUUGAUUGGGCUGUGUAUCUGUCAAAGGGGGUAUUGACCCCAGAGCCGCAUGUUCACUUUGGGGAGUGGGAUGGAGCACUUGUGGUGUGUAGCCCCCCCCCCCCCCCCCCCCCUCCUCCUCCUUAGUUUGGAGAUUCCACCUAAGGAUGUGCCAUGUUGAAUUCUGACCUAAUAUGAGGUGAAACAGCCUGUUCUGUGUGUGGGCAAGUGAUUAUCUGUACUGUGGGAUUUGAACCAUCACACCUCUACCCUGUCUGUAUAAGACGGCUGCACUCAGCGAAUAGACCGGAACAGGUAACAACUUGCUUGAAGCAAGUCUCAAGGAGACCAUUAAAUAGACAUUGCACAGUGGUUCGAUUGUGCCAUGAAAGAAUUGUGCCACAUAAACUACCCUUGUAUGGAUUCAGUGUAGUAAAGAGCUUCUAGUGUUAUAGUUGAGAUUUGCACGCACUUUUGUGAGUCUAUCGAGACACACUUGCAUCCCAGCAGUGUUUUCUAUCACUGGUGCAAGAUGCAAUCAUUUCCUUCCCCUCAUUCACACCUAGUUAAAGGUAUCCUUUCUAAAAUGCGAUGCCCAGAAAUGUACACUUUACCCUGAGGCUUUGUGUAGCUGGCUUCAGCUCUGGCUUUUCACCUGUUGGUAAAUGAGCUGCUGAUUAAAAUCUGACGUGAACUGACAUUCAUUAUCCCACCCUAGCCGUGUUUUGUCUCUCCACUGGUUCCUGGAGGUGUUGAAUUCUGCUGGUGCAUGUUUCCCUUGUCUCUUGGAUGAGUUAAUAUAGGGCUUAUUCCAGGUACUGUUACAUCUAACGUCCAGCUCUUGCCCAUUUGGUUUCUACCAGAUGGUUAGAGAGUGUUCUGGCAGAUUUGUGUCAGCACUCUCUGGAUUAAUCCACGCUGCUGCCGAUCCGUAAAUGGCUGUUCUUGAUGGUUUAAUGUGCGAGAUUUUCGCAGCAAGUUAAGAUUCUUCCAUAACUCAAUUCAUGGUAAUGGUUACAGCGUAGGAAGGGACUGCAGAUGGACACAAAAUGCUGGUGUAACUCAGCGGGACAGGUAGCAUCUCUUGAGAGAAGGAAUGGGUGACGUUUCUGGUCGUGACCCUUCUUCAGACUCCUCUUUAAGCCUGAAGAAGGGUCUUGACUUGAAACGUCACCCAUUCUUUCUAUCCAAAGAUGCUGCCUGUACCCGCUGAGUUACAGCCUUUUAAUUCGUUACCAACCACUUUCCAUUAUGGCCUUUGUUAUAGUCUGACCAUCAAGAAGCUCGGUGGGAUUUACAUAGCAUGAGUAAAACUGUAUUAAUGUGGUAGUUAUCACUGACGGACAGGUGCCCAGAGCAGUCUAGGGUGUUGCACCGUGUCAGACACAGUGUGUUAUGUUUAAUUAUUGAGAUUGUGAAGGUAUGUAAAAAUUUAAACUUUAGGUUUGACAGGAAUUGCACUUUGACUGGGUCUCACGCUCAUCACUGGAAUCUGUCCUAUUGCCCUGAAAUGGCCAUGAGGAGUGGGACUGGGAGAACAGUUCAGCAACUUGCUGAGGAACUGCCAUUGGAUAUCCCGCUCGUGGCAUCCGUUGUAUCAUUUCAUGUUUGGGUGGGGGGGGGGGGGGGGGGGGCAAGGAUGUCAUAAUUAACAAUCAAACUGGAAUGAUUUGAGAAAAACUGCCAAGUUCAUUUCAUGAGGUUACAGUAUUUAAGAGCGACGGAGAACCCCCCCCCCCUCCUCUGAGGGGAGUUGGGAUUGCUGUGUCCUGACAGUGUUUUGUGUUUGAAGUAAAUGUCGUGUGCGAUUUGAGGCAUUGUGCUCAGACUGAAGCGGCACUAACCCAAGCUUAUCCACUCUCGGCUGCCGAUCCAUUCCUUGGUUUUUGUUUUCCUGUGGUUGAAAGACAUUUCUGAAUUGUCCUGUCUGACUCCAAUGCUCCACAAUCUACACGCAGCAUUGGCAUUGAUGAAGCGUAGUGGGUGAACAUCACUCUUUGUUUUGUCGACAGCUGGGAUCCACCAUUUGCCGCGAUUCCAACCGCACUUUCUGUAAUCGAGCGGUUCCUCGUCAGCAUGGGGAUUGGGGGAGGAAGGAGGAGGGGAUGAGGUGUGCACAGCUGACCUGUGGCAAUAUUGCAGGAUGUUUUUUCCCAACAGCUAUUUGCUUAUUUCUCUGUUCACCAUUCUGCUGCCUGACCAUGAACAGCUGUCUUGCACUUAAUGCCUAUUACUUGAAGUCUGUUGAAUUAAAUUGAUGUUUAAUGAUGUGGGUGAGUACCAUUGAGCAACAAGCUGAAAAGACCAAGGUCUGGUGAUGUUUUGUGAUUUACGUGGCUUGGUUUUCAUAGUCUUUGUUCACUGCUACUCGCAGAGAGGGAUGAACUGAAAUUUGUGUUCAUUUUCAUCAGAUGUUUAUUUUUAGUAUAUGUAAAUAACUGAAAAGGAAUUUAUAAAGAUCAAUAAAAGACUAAGGCUUGCAACACUG